CCUACGUCGCUCAAAGAAUGGACUGUUUUAUACUUUCUAUUCGAGAGGUGCGAUUUCUCUUGACUAAGAAAACGUUUUUUGUUGCUUUAUUUGGAGAAUCGGUCAAACUCUGAAGAGGUAAACUAAUGUCGAGUCGUAUGCUGUAACAUUGUAAACAUUUAGUCUAAUCUUAGUUUCACUAUCUCUGAAGGGAUAGGAGAUUAUGUUACAGUAGUCUAGGCUUUAUUGUUGAAGUAGCAUAUCUUUAAAUUAAGUUGUUGCGUAAUUACCGGCAGAAAUGUCUGUAGAGCCGAUCGCCACCACGAUGGAAAACUUCAAGGGGUCACCGGGUGCGUUUCCCGUGGUAUUGAAGAAAAUAAUGGAAAUGCCCCCACCGAAUUUACUCGAGGGCGACGAUGACAAUGACAAGGAUAAGCUGUUUACGGGGGACAAUGUGGACCUUGAAAGAGGGAGCGGGAUGGGUCCGUCGGCCGCCCUGACCCCAGCCAUCUGGGACAAGACCAUCCCGUACGACGGGGAGACCUUCCACCUGGAGUACAUGGACCUGGAGGAGUUCCUCAUGGAGAACGGCAUCCCCACCUCAUCCUCGUCCCUGGACGAUGCUCUCAACAUGGAAAUUGCAGAGAAGAAGACAGAGAAGCCAACCAGCACCACGACAGCCCCCAUCUCCCUGCUGCCCGUCCUGGAACUAGACCAGUGUGAGGAGGAGGUGGUCACCAUCACCCUCAACAGUGCUGAUAUCACAGCCAACACCGAGGUGGUGACAGACAAGGACAGGCUGACCCCUGAAACCAUCGACCCGGAGGAGAUUGAGGUGAACGUGAACUUUGACCCAGACCCUACAGACCUGGUCCUGUCCAGCGUUCCUGGAGGAGAGCUGUUCAACCCACGCAAACACAAGUUCUCAGAGGAGGAACUCAAACCACAGCCCAUGAUCAAGAAGGCCAAGAAGGUGUAUGUACCUGAGGAUUCUAAGGAUGAGAAGUACUGGCAGAGGAGGACGAAGAACAACGUGGCGGCUAAGCGUUCCCGGGACGCGCGGCGACUCAAGGAGAACCAAAUCACGGUGCGGGCAGCGUUCCUGGAGCGUGAGAACACGGCGCUACGACAGGAAGUGGGCGAGCUACGGAAGGACUUUGCCCGCAGCAAGAAUGUUGUGGCCCGCUACGCAGCCAAAUUCGGAGACCUUGCGUUGCUGGAAGACCAGUAGACUAUUGAUAUAUUUGUGGCGUGGGCGAAACAAAUGAAUCAAUUACAAUGGAUAGAUGGAUCAGAAGAUGGAGUCUGGAAGAGAGUGAAUGAUGUUGCCAUGUAGAUACUGUGGAAUUGUAUGACUGACCCCUGCUUAUUGUUUUUAUUGGACUUUUAAUUGUAAUUUUAUUAUGGGGUAGAUCAGCUUUAACAUUGCAGAUAGAUUGUAGCUUCCAUCAAUGUUAUUGUCUGCAUCCCCUAAUUGGAGUAAACUAAUGGACAACAACACUUAGGCUUCUACUUCCAGCUUAAACAUACUAUAUCCAUUUUUCGGACAGUGUAUUUUACAAUAGUUAUCUUAUGUUUGUUUUUAAUCUCAUCCUUCAGCGACCCUCAACCCCUCCCAUCUCUGAACACUAUCCAGUUUUGAUUUCUAUUUGCCAUAUUGCAAAUAGAAAUACACUAAAUGCUUGUAAAAAGUAGCAGAGCUUUAUUUUCUAGACCUUUUCCUUAUUUUCAAAUAACUCCAUACAAAAACAUAAACCUGUUGACUUAUCUAUGAUAUUACUGUGCAAUUUACGAGUGUUCUGCAAUUAUGUGUUCUCAACCAAAUGUAAACCUCCAACCCCUCUCCUGUUUACUACUCUGGAAAGUAGUUUCUCCAACUUCUCUGGGACCUUGAUCUUAUAUGGACAGUUACCACACUCAAUGUAAAAAGGUGACAGAUUUUGUGUUCUGUCUGAAAUGAGUACAAUACAUUGUAGUUACCUCAUGAAACCAGAAAACAGGUUACAUCAGAACUAUGGUGAGGUUUCUGUUACAGUUUUUUAAAUUACUUUUGAUAAAUGUUGCCGUUUAAAUUCCUUGUCAAAAUCAGGAAGUUUCUUAACUCGUCAGUGUGGUUUGAACUGGGCCUCUGUUUCAACAAGGACCUUCAAGUGUCUUCAGCUGACUCAGUGCAGUGCCCAGUCUGUCUGUUCACAGGGCAAUGCCAUGUGUUCACUAUUACCAUAUCAGACACUGAAAUUCAAGCCUCCUUUCAGGGUUUGUCUCGUGAGUUUUGCCCUUUGGUCCAUCAUGUUUCCUUGUUAUCACUUUCCUAAUUCCUGCUGAUGUAAUAAGAGGAAAAUAAGUGAUUGCAGUGCUUCUAGCUCGUUUUGGGAUUUAUCUGAAGAAUUACCUUUGGAAAGUAGUUUGGAUUUGUUUUACUUGAAAAAAUAUAUUUGAAAGUUUUGCGAUUGGUUUUGUGCGUUGAGAUGAGAACCUCAUUCAAAUUGACAACUUCAUUUAUUGGUUGUUUGCUAAAUCUGGAGACAACCAUUUGUGUGGUAGUGAUGUAAUUCUUCCAGUCCUUUGACUUCUCUAGGGUCAGUUUCCAACUCAAGUCAUUGUUAUCCUGGCUUACAUAACCAGUCUUAUUUCUUAUAUGGAUUCCUUUGACCUUAAUAAUAUACUAUAACUCAAUAAUAGAUCAGUGCUCAAAGUUUAUAUCUGCGCAAAGUGAUGUAACAUGUUGAAAAGUAGAUGAUCGAGAACAGACAAAUGAAGAUUUUGAUUCGGGAAAACUGGUAGACGAUGUACUUUUUAUGGAAUAUAAAGUGUAUAUCUUGAUUUAAUAAACCAGUGAACAAUUUCA